AUGGAGACUCCUCUACCUUUGGGCUGGAAGCCCCUCCACAUCGACCUCUACGACGGCACGAUGCAUCUAGACGAGCACAUCGACCUAUACGUCACGCAGGUAAACCUAUACACUAAUGAUGAUGCUGUUCUGUGUAGGGUUUUUCUGACCUCGCUCAAGGGUGCAGCACUCGGCUGGUAUACCCAACUGCCGGCAAGAUCAAUUGACAGCUUUGACACCCUGGUCAGACAGUUUAUGACACAGUAUGCAACGAGCCGGCCUCAUCACAUUACGUCAACUACUCUGGCCAGUCUUAGACAGAGCAAUGACGAACCACUAAGGACGUUCAUGGAGCGCUUUGCCAGCAUCUCGGUUAAGAUUCAAAAUUUGAAUCCCGAGGUUCGCGGAAAGUCGCAAGUGAAGUUGGACCAAGGCCACAAGGAUAAAGUGAAGGUUACCAAUGAUAGCCAAUUCAAGAAGGCUGCUAGGGCAAGCAAAGGGGGGAGGUACGACUUCUACACUCCCCUAAAUGCGCCCCGAGUACACAUCUUGAAAGAGGCCAGCAAUAGUAACCUGCUCUCCUUGCCACCACUGGGACACAGUUCCAAUAGCGCGGACAAAUCCAAACACUACCGGUACCACAGGAAUCACGGUCACACAACUGAAGAAUGUCGUACACUCCGAGAUCGUAUAGAGGAGCUUGUCCAGGCGGGACACCUCACACAAUACGUCCAGCGGCAGCAAGGUCACCGAGGGGGCUACAACGGACGAGGACGGGGGCGAGGUCGCAGUUUAGGCACUCGCAUAGACCAACCCUCCGGAUCGCAACAAAAUGGGGGUGGCACGGUGUAG